UGUCAGAUAAUGGGGAAAGAGGAAGAAGAGGAAAAAUAGUUGGACUUUGAUACGAGAUGAGAUAUAUUUAAUUACAUAUAUAUGCGUGUGUACAACUGUUCAGUACCUAUUAGAUAUCAUAAUAUCUUUCGAAUGUCAGGCAGAGUCAUAGCCUGUAUAAGCCUGUUACAUAGGCCUGCAAACUAUGGCACAGAGAGGGAGAGACAGAGACAGAGGAAGAACUUUUUUAUAUUUGGGUCUUUAUUACCGUAGCGGCAUAUAGCCUAAAAGGGUGUCUUCUUUUUAGCCUCCGGUUAACAUAAAGGCCUUAGCUUUGAUGGAUUCUUUCUGUAACAUCCUUGGUAAUCAGAAGGAAUUCAUGGCUAUGACAGCUAUGCUGUACCAUUGGCUUUUCUUGGGCUUUGAAUCUUUCUCUCGGCACUGGGAGUUAUAUUUUAUCAGCUGGGGUUGUUGUGGCUCUCAUCAAGAUGGUCUGCCUUGUUGUUUCCGUUCUCAGUUGCAAUCAGCAUGGUGAUUUAAAUGUGAAGAUCGAGUGAAGAGUACAGUGGUUAUGCUUAAACAGGGAAGGACGGAGUAAGAUUGGGGUCGUGGGGUCGAGUUGCCAAUGGCAUCAGCUUCUUGUGCCAGUAAGAGUCCAUUGCUCACGAAAGAAGCAUCCUCUGAUUAUCAUACUUACCCUCCACCUCUUGCACAAUAUGAAGAUGUUGCAGCCAGUCCUAAUCUCUUCAUGGCUACUUUGGAGAAGCUCCAUACUUCUUUGGGGACUAAGUUCAUGAUUCCCAUAAUUGGAGGUAAAGAGUUAGACUUGCAUCGACUUUUUGUGGAGGUAACUUCUCGUGGGGGAAUUGAAAAGAUUCUUAGGGAGAGAAGAUGGAAAGAAGUGACUGCUAUUUUCAACUUCCCUUCAACAGCUACAAAUGCUUCUUUUGUGCUGCGGAAGUACUAUGUGUCAUUGCUUCACCACUAUGAACAAAUAUACUAUUUUAAGGCCCGGGUCUCUAUGUCUUCUGAUUCUUUGAUGAGCCCAUCCGCAACCCCAGUGCCAGCUCAAAGAACAGAAUUUUUGCAGCCAACAUCAGAAACCCAAGCAUCUGUGCUCAAGCAACAAAGGACAAAGACUGCAGAACUUCCUAGAGCACGGUCACCAUCGUAUUCAGGGUCUCCUGUUACUGUAAUAGGGGUCAUUGAUGGGAAAUUCGAAAGUGGAUACCUUGUUACUGUUACAAUAGGCUCCGAGGAGCUAAAAGGUGUACUUUAUCUGGCUCCACAGGAUGCAGUAGAGCAAGUGCCACAGAACUAUAGUGUCUUUGCCAAGAAGAAUGGCAAUGCCUCUUCUGUACCAGGCAUCCAUCGUCGCCGCCGUAGGAAGAAAUCUGAGAUGAAAAAGAGGGAUCCAGCUCAUCCAAAACCUAACAGAAGUGGGUAUAAUUUCUUCUUUGCCGAGCAGCAUGCACGACUGAAGCCACUGCAUCCAGGGAAGGACAGAGAGAUCAGUAGAAUGAUUGGUGAGCUGUGGAACAAGUUGAAAGAGCCUGAAAAAGCGGUUUAUCAGGAGAAAGCUCUUAAAGAUAAAGAAAGAUACAAAAUAGAGAUGGAGGAUUACAGGGAGAGACUAAGGACUGGUCAAGUCAUCAGUGAUGCGGUACCACUGCAACAGCGGCUUCCUGCACUAGAUGCAAAUUUGGUGGAUGCAGAUGCAAACAUUGAAGAAAAUGAGGGAGGGGACUCUCCUCACACACCUGACAACGAGAGUUCUGGUAAAAGUGAUUCCGAAGAUGAUGAUAAGACUGCAGAGAAGGAUUCAGAUAUGGAUGCAUCUCCAAAAGGCAGAAAAAGAAAAAAAAUGGAGGAUGAUAAGACUGCAGAGAAGGAUUCAGAUAUGGAUGCAUCUCCAGAAAGAAAAAAGGAAAAAACAAGUUCCAUAAACCAAUUGUAGUUGCUGAGUCCAGUAACAUGCACAUGGAAGAUGAUGUUGGAGAUGACAAGGUUGAGAAAAUUGCACAAGAAAUCUUAGGUGACACCGUACUCGGGACAACGAAAGAACCAAUAUCUACUGAGAAGCAUUAAAGUUUUUCCACACGAAUUAGGGUGACUUUAGGUAUGAAGAAAUCAUUUUUCUACACGGAGUAGGGUUUGAAUUUGUCCAUUCUAGCUUUUGCUUAUGCUUAGAUACGGUUUAUUAGCUAUUCCUCAGGCCUUUCCUUACCAUUUACUCGUAUUAUUUGUAAAUGCGGCAUGCCGUUGCAAAUUGUAUUACUUGUUUCACUGGGAUAUAGUCAGAUAGAGGUCUUGGCCAACUAGAGGCGGUUUUGUAGCACAUGAAAAUUUUGAUGCAUUUCCAGAGUUAAACGAUUUGGGUUGUGUUGAUAUGUUCCCAAACUAGAUUGUGGUUUACUGUGUUGAUAAUUAGCAAAUCAAAAGGGCCCUCAAAUUUUAAGACA